CAGUGAAGCAGAAUCCAUGGCGAGAAGAAUAUCGUUCCUCCUCUGCAUCCUCUUCAAUCUCACAGCUGCUCUGUUUUCGCUCUCCUUUGCCGGCGAUAAGUUAACACCUGGCCAGCGUCUCCACGACGCCGCCGGAGCAACCUUGAUCUCCGACGGCGGCACCUUCGAGCUGGGUUUCUUUACGCCCGCCGGAUCCAGCAACCGUUACGUUGGCAUGUGGUUCCGCAACGUCUCCCAGAAAACCUUCGUAUGGGUCGCCAACCGCAACCACCCGAUCACCGAUGGGUCCGGAGUCCUUUCGCUCACUACAAACGGAACGCUUGUCGUCUCCGACAGCAGCUCCACCAUCUUGUGGUCGUCCAGCUCAUCGUCACUCACUAACCCCGUGGCGCAACUCCUCGACAACGGGAACUUUGUCGUUCGAGAAGCCGGCGACUUCGGCAGCAGCAGCUACGCAUGGCAGAGCUUCGACUUCCCGACGAACACGCUCCUCCCGGGCAUGAAGUUGGGGUGGAACCUGACGAACCGACACAACCGCAUCCUCACGGCGUGGGCGAGCACCAGCGACCCUGCAGAGGGGAACUACACCCUUGGCAUCGAUUUGCGCGGCGGUCCCCAGAUAUUCGUGUGGGUGUGGGUGGGCACGCAGCAGUAUUUGCGCUUCGGGCCAUGGACCGGCCUCUACGUCAGCGACGUCCCGGAGAUGAAGGCCAACAAUAUGUUGGACUUCAGUUUCGUGAUCGACGGCGAGCAGGUGGUGUUCAGCUACACCGUGCCCGAUCCAUCGUUGAUCAGGCAAGUGGUCAUCGAUCCAACGUCUGGCGCCAUAGACGACCUUAUGUGGACCAAUGAAAGUCAGUCAUGGAUCAGGCAUACGGAGUAUCCGAGGGACACCUGCGACCGCACCAUCUCCCUCUGCGGCCCCAACGGCCUUUGCUACCCCGAUUGGCCCCCGUGCAAGUGUCUUCCGGGCUUUCAUCCCCGAAAUCGAAACGACUGGGAUCAAAUCGUGAACACCUCCGGCGGCUGCGUGAGGAACACAGAGUUGGACUGCUAUAACAACACUGAUGGUUUCAUCAGGCGGAGCAACGUGAAGUUGCCGGACACAUCCGCGUCGACGGUGGACUGGAGCAUGGCGAGCCUCGAUGACUGCCAAACUUUGUGCCUCAAUAACUGUUCUUGCACGGCUUAUGCGAGAGCCAACAUCAGCGGCAGUGGCCGAGGGUGCAUCUUGUGGUUCACUCCACUCACAGACAUCAAAUUGUUCAACUCUGGAUCCGGACAAGAUCUAUUCGUCAGGCUUGCAGCUGCAGACCUAAAUGAAGCCAUGGAAUCAAGUGGUUCUCACCGGAGUCGCAGAGGAGUGAUAAUAGUCGUUUCCUCGGUGGCAACUUUGACUUUCCUAACACUCGUUGCUUGUUGCAUUUGGAAAAGGAAGAAAACAGAGUUUUCUAUCCGGAAAGAAACUGAAGAAGAGACGAUAAACCUGCCCUCGUUCGACUUUGCUGCAAUUGUACAGGCUACUGGUAACUUUUCUUCAUCUAACAAGCUCGGAGAGGGCGGAUUUGGACCUGUGUAUAAGGGUAGGUUGAAAGAAGAGGAAAUAGCUGUGAAAAGAUUGUCCAAAACAUCAGAACAAGGUGCGGAUGAGUUCAAGAACGAGGUAGUGUCUAUCGCGGAGCUUCAACAUCGAAAUCUUGUUCGACUCCUCGGCUAUUGCAUUGAAGCAAAUGAGCGAAUGCUGCUUUAUGAAUACAUGCCCAAUGGAAGCCUAGACAAAUUCUUGUUUGAUAAAGUGAAAGCUAGAUCGCUGGAUUGGAAAUCGCGUUACAACAUAAUUCUUGGCGUUGCUCGUGGUUUUCUCUACCUUCAUCAUGAUUCCAGACUAAGAAUCAUUCAUAGAGAUUUGAAAGCAAGUAAUAUUCUUCUUGAUAAAGAUAUGAAUCCAAAAAUAUCAGAUUUUGGCUUGGCAAAAAUAUUUGAUGGAAAUGAAACAAUAAAAAAAACAAGAAGAGUCGUUGGAACAUAUGGAUAUAUGUCUCCAGAAUAUGUGAAGAAUGGAGCUUACUCAGUGAAAUCAGAUGUUUUUAGUUUUGGUGUAUUGAUACUUGAAAUCAUUACCGGCAAAAAGAAUGUUGGAUGCUACAUUUCUAUAGAGCACUUAAACCUUCUAGAGCAUAUUUGGACUUUGUGGAAGGAAGAUAGAGUUUUGGAAGCUGUGGAUGGAUCAAUAGGAUCAUUUUGUGUUGCUGAAGUUUUGAAGUGUAUAAAUAUCGGACUCCUGUGUGUUCAAGAGCAACCAAAAGAUAGACCCGUAAUGUCAUCAAUAGUAUCAUUUUUUAGUAAUGAUACUAUCCAAUUGUUAGAACCUAGAAGACCAGGUUUUGUAAUGCCAACAGAUCUAUCUGAAACUAAUUUGAAUAACUCCGACCCUUCUAAUCAUUUAUCAAUCACUAUUUUAGAAGCUCGAUAAAAUCAUCACAAUCAAAAUGUAAACAGCAUGUUGAUGUGAAUUCAACAUUUUUUAUUUUUAUAUUGCAUAUCAAACAA